AUGUUCGGCUUUACCCUCAUCAUCGUCUUCCUCACCGGCUUUCUUGAAUUCCCGUCCGCCAAAUUCUCAUUCCCGUCAUCAUCGUCCAAAGAAUCGAUUACCUCGACUCGGUCGAAUUCCUCCCCAGAACCCUUCAAGUACCUGUUCGAAGCUUUCAGGAAGUGGGAUUCGCAGGUGGGCUGUCCCAAAUUCAGGCAGAAACACGCGGAUUCGCCGGCGAACAGGUCAAAGAUCGCGUCUUUACAGAAUGCCGGCGGCGAGAUCGCGUGCGGCGAGCUGCGGAUGAACCAUGUGAGUGUUUUGGUCAAAGGGUGGACUUGGAUUCCGGAUAAUAUGGAUAAUCUGUAUAGCUGUAGAUGUGGGCUGAGCUGCUUGUGGACUAAAUCUCAUGUUCUUGCUGAUAAGCCUGAUGCCCUGUUGUUUGAAACUAUCUCUCCUCCUUUUCAGAGACGGGUGGGUGACCCGCUUCGCAUAUAUAUGGAUCUUGAAGCUGGUAGAAAGAGGUCAGGCUUUGAGGACAUUUUUAUCAGCUAUCAUGCAGAAGACGAUGUUCAGUCUACUUAUGCCGGAGCCCUCUUUCACAACAAUCGCAAUUACCAGUUAUCUCCCAUGAAAAACGAUGAAACUCUCCUUUAUUGGUCCUCAUCACGUUGUCUGCCCGAAAGAAACAAGCUAGCCAAGAAGCUGCUCGGCCUACUCCCGACCCACUCGUUCGGCAAGUGUCUGAACAACGUGGGGGGGCUCGACCGAGCCAUUUCCCUCUACCCGGAGUGCAAAAAGGACCCGAACGAGGCACCCAAAUGGUGGGACCACCUGCACUGCGCCAUGUCACACUACAAAUUCGUGCUCGCCAUAGAAAACACCAUGACUGAGAGCUACGUGACCGAGAAGCUCUUCUACGGGCUCGACUCGGGGGCAGUACCAAUAUAUUUUGGGGCCCCCAACGUGCUGGAUUUUGUGCCGCCUCACUCGAUCAUAGACGGGACUAAGUUUGGGUCGUUGGAUGAGCUAGCGUCUUAUGUUAAGUCACUGGCGAACGAUCCUGUGGCUUAUGCUGAGUAUCACGCGUGGAGGAGGUGUGGGGUUUUGGGUAGUUAUCGGGAGGCGAGGGCCGCCAGCCUGGACACGUUGGCUUGCAGGGUUUGUGAAGCCGUGAGCAAGAAAAACGGGAGGAGUGCGAAAGCUUCGAGAAAUUGA